AUGGAUGCGAGAUCCAGCGGUGUUCUCCUGCCAUGGAUUCAAGCCCGCAUCUACCAACAUAGAGAAGAUGUCCACAUUGUGGCCUCGCUUAUCACAUUCACUUUCCACGCGUUGCGCCAGGGUACGAAGAAAGCUGUCACCAUUAUGAUCGAUUUUGUGAUUAUCAUACUCGGCAAACAUCUUCCGACAGUCAUCAAGGUUUAG